UUCCUCCUCUGCAGCUGCCAGACCAGUUCCUGCUGCUGCUCAGGGAGAGCGUCUGGGAAGUACCUUGCUGACCACUGAGAACAUCAUGAGCUCAAGCUAUUGGAGUGAGAUGAGCAGCAGCAUCUGUGGAACUCCACAGCCCCCAGAGGUGCUACAGUGCCAGCCCCAGCAUUGCCACUGCUACCAUCAGUCAAGCCAAACCCAGCACCCACCAGAAAAAAAUGUAGUGUACGAGAGAGUGAGGACCUACAGUGGGCCCAUGAACAAGGUGGUUCAGGCCUUGGACCCCAUCACCUCACAGGAAGUGCUCUCUCCUCUCAAAACUGCCUCCUCCUACCAAAAUUUGGUUUGGAGCAACCAUUCUCAGGAACGCCAUUCUCCAACUCUGAAAAUAUCUACUUGUCCCCCAAGCAGUGUAUAUAUAACCCCAAAUAUUGAACAGGAACUCCGUUCUCCAACAGUGAAAGUCACUGCAUAUCCACAGACUACUAUUAGGAGAUACAUAGUACAAAAUCCUGAACAGGAACCACUUCCUCCAUUCCUAAGAGGAGGCCAUUUCUUCCCAGGAAACAAUGUUAUUUAUGAAAAAACAAUAAGAAAAGUAGAGAAGCUAAAUAUGGAUCAGGAAUGCUAUCCACAGGUCCAAUGUCAUCAUCACAUUGUCCAACAGCCCCAGAUCAUCCACUCUCCACACUGUCAACAAUCCCAUUCUAGCCAACAAAUCGAAACCAUCACAGGAAGUGAUUCGAUUUCUACAAACACUGGAAAAGAACUGUGCCAUGGGGGAUCAAGCCAUAUGCAUGAUCAGGUGAUAAUUCAAGAUGAUGGCCCUGAAAAGUUGGACCCCAAAUAUUUUGGAGAGUUACUUGCGGAUUUAAGCCGUAAAAAUACAGAUCUAUAUUAUUGCUUAUUAGAACAUUUGCAGAGAAUUGGAGGAAGCAAAGAGGACUUUGAGUCUACAUCUGAGUCAGAAGACAUUGAAUCCUUGAUUCCUAAAGGAUUGUCAGAGUUUACAAAACAGCAAAUUCGCUAUAUUCUGCAGAUGAGGGGUAUGUCUGAUAAAUCACUCCGGCUAGUGCUGUCCACAUUCAGCAACUUACGGGAGGAGCUUGGACAUCUUCAAAAUGACUUGACAUCACUGGAAAAUGACAAGAUAAGCCUUGAGAAAGAUGUGGAAUUCAAAGAAAAUCAAAUAAAAGAGUAUGAAGAACUCUUGGCAUCAGUGAGAGCAAAUAAUCGCCAGCAGCAGCAAGGACUUCAAGACUCAACCUCAAAAUGCCAAGUAUUGGAAGAAAACAAUCUCUCUCUUCGACAUACACUAUCAGACAUGGAAUUUAGACUCAAAGAACUGGAAUACUGCAAGCGUAAUUUAGAACAAGAGAAUAAAAAUCUUAGAAUACAGGUUUCUGAGACUUGCACAGGCCCGAUGCUGCAGAUGAAAAUGGAUGAGAUUGGCAACCAUUACAUGGAGAUGGUAAAAAACUUAAGAAUGGAGAAAGAUAGAGAGAUCUGCAAGCUAAGGACUCAAUUAAAUCAGUACCAAAAAGAUGUUUCAAGAAGAGAAGGAAGUUGCAGUGACUUCCAGUUCAAGCUUCAUGAACUGACAAGCUUGCUGGAAGAGAAGGAUUCCCUUAUAAACCGUCAGUCAGAGGAACUCUCAAAGUUGAGGCAAGAAAUGUAUUCAUCUCAUAACCAACACUCCAGUGGUGGAAGGACUACUAUUACCACUAAAAAGUACAGGACACAAUAUCCAAUCCUAGGCCUCCUUUAUGAUGACUAUGAAUAUAUACCACCAGAUAGUGACACACAGACUAUUGUGAUUGAGAAAACAGAAGACAAAUGGACUUGUCCAUGAAUGGAUCUCCAACUCAAAGGAGUUUUUUGUGCGUCUACAUUAGUAUUUUGUUAUUUUCCAUAACUAAAGGCCAAUCAAAAUUUUGAACCAUGCUACUACCAGUGAAUCUAAUGGAAUGAAUUAGUUCUGCAGAUGACUGUUUCUCCAGCCACUAAUGAGACUUUUCUAUCACAUUUUUGUAUUCAAUAGCAACACCCUGCUUGUUUAAAUUUCAAUUCUAGACACUGUAGAACAUAAUGCACUGGUUUUCAAUAUAGUACUUCCUAGACACUGAAUUAAUUUGUUGGGGUAGAGAUUUUACAAGUUAUUCCAUUAGAAGAUUUUCUGUGAUAUUAGAUGUGCAAUUCAUCUACAAAAGUAAAUACUGUUUUUUAACCAAAAAAGAGGCAAAAACUAUUGAAUUUUUAAAAUCGUUUACUACAUUGUAUAUACAGCAUAUAUUUGCUUUUCCCACAUUAAACUCUGUGACUAAAAGAUGCUCUAUUACAUGCUAUUUAUACCUUUCGGAGACAUAACUAAAUCAAAGGUGAUGGUUAAUUUCAUUUAUCAGGGAAGUAGGAAAAUCUUUUAAAAUAACUAAAUCCACUAAAUUACACAUUAUACUAUUAUGGUUCUAAGAACAUAUCAGUGGCUUGGCUUGACAAAUCUGUUCUUUAAAAGCAUAUCAUCCUCAAAUAAGUCCACCCACUUCCUUAAAAAUAUGUAAUACUAUAUUGUAGGAGUGUAGAAGGAAGGCAGGCUUUUUACUAGAAGUAUACAACAUGUAACAUUGAAUUGUUACAUUAAGGCUUUGGGAAUAAAAAGAGCAAGAACAAAUACUUGAUACCUGUAUCUUAUUUGGGAAAAAAAGAUUUUAUAGUAUUUAAUGCACUUAGAAGUUGAUUAAUUGGGUUCUAAUGACUUUGCAAAGUGAACAAAAAUAUUUUCCAAAUACAUUAGUAGAUAAGAAUGAAAUUUCUUAAUUCCAACCCCAUGGUUAAAGUUAAGAAUUGGUGAAAAUUAAAAUGUUUGCAUUUGACAAAGUAUAGAUUAAGGCAAUAAAUAUAUUUGGGUUACAUGUGAAUGAGGUUUUGCACUGAAAUAUCUCUGCAAAUACCUAUAUAGUAUUGUCAUGCCUUAUCAUUAUAUUCUAAUAAUGAUUCAUUAUACUAAGAAACUAUUAAGAUAGGAACAGAUGAGGCAUUAUACUAAAUCAAGCCAUAAAUGAGGAGAUAAAUGCUUUUAAUAUUCUUAUAUAAAUAUUCAAAUAGGUCUUGAUAUGAAGGUAAGAGCCUUAUUUUAUUAUCUUAAUACUUUGACUAAAAUGUUAAGCUCUAUAAUUGGAUUAAUAUAAUUCCAAUUUUAUCAAUAUUUUGUGAUAGAAAAUGUUAAUAUUCUUCAUGAGUUAUAUAGUCCUUAUAUUUUUUCCCUUGGUGUAGGAACAACAGGGCAGUUUCUCCCCUGCUAACUACACAUGUAACAAAAUUAUGCCACAUUAUCUACCCAUUACAUAUGAUAUAAAUGGAAGUUUUUAGAAGCCUGAUAGAAAAUUGCUGCCAUAACUGAAAAUUAUGAGACUGACACGCUGCCCACUGUGCCAAGAGGGCCGCUUGCCAUAACUGAAAAUUAGAACAAGUGUGAUUUUC